GCAGCAGAGGCUGCGAGCAGCAGCACACAGAGCGCGCACACACACUGCACCCCGCGCGGAGACGGACUGGACCCCAGCGGUCACACACUCACACACACACGCACACUCAUCGCCUGCUCAGAACACCGAGCUGACUUGACCAUGGAGCCCACCUUCACGGCGCGCUCACUGUGGACUAACGACAGCAAAUUUCUUCACCAUCAUGCCACGGAUUUGUUCACCAGUGUCCAAGUCACCCAGGACAUCCCGGCUGGAGCGUCUUUCGGACCUUGUCUUCUCCAUAAUACAUUCUAUGACACUAUAGCUUUCAUUGCCCUGAAGUCGUUUGACAAGAGAGAGAAAUCCUACGUGUUUAGGGUAGACCCUGAGGCUAUGAAGAGCUCUCCGUUAGUCGUGCCGUGGCUCAGGCUGGUGCAAGCUGCCAUGAACGCGGCCGAGCAGAACACCGAGGCUUUUCUGAAGGCAGGACAGCUGUAUUUUCGGACUACUCGCCCCGUGAGGACAGGAGAGGAGCUGUUCGUAUGGUAUGAUGAGGAGCUCUCUCAUCUUCUGGGUCUGAGCGACAUUAAGCCACGCGCUGUGGCUGAUGGCUUGUCGUGCGGGAGGUGUGGUCAGGCCUUCAGGAAUGAAAACCCGCUCCUCGCUCACUGUCGCUUUCUGUGCGCUCAAGUCAAACCGGCGGUGAUGCGCGCGGACGCGGAGCAGAAGCGACAGCGCCGGGUCACCACCGACUUCCACAACAUCGCCCGAGAUCUGGAGCAUGUGGAGCAGAAGAAAGCCGAGGACGCGCUCACGUCGCGAAAGCGAAAACACGACGAGGCCCCGAGCCCGCGGAGCAGAAAGCCGGUUUUACUGGAGAAGACCAACCUCGACCACAGCAGCGGCCACAGACACGGCCACGGCUCAGCGGAGCCCGCCGAGAAACUGGCCGGCUUCAGCGAGUCAGCUCCCGAGCCAAAGAGCGGCAAAUACAGCGCGUUCGGGGAGAUUAAGAAAACAUGUAAUGUGGAUGUAAGGAGGGAAAACCCGUCUGUGUCGAGUUACCGCGCGGAGGCGGUGGUAGACGCGGGCCUUCAGUCCGAAUCUAGCGCCUUCUCCUUCGUGCUGCCCGGCAGGGCGCAUGCGCAACAGAAGAGCGCCUUCUGCAAACCUCAUAAGCGCGCCGUUGGUGGCACUGAAGGCCCGCAGCAUCCGGGGCCUCCUCUGUGCAGCCCACACGAGCUGCUUGACGACGUCUCAGAAUCGUUCAGCUCUAAGAGCGCUGCGGGCUACAGAAAUCUUCUGGCCUCUCACUUGUUUCAGGCUGACCCGGCCGGCGUCCAGACCGUGGCAGCUGCUCCGCUCCUCUAUGCACCGGAGCAGUGGAGCGGAGGUGUGAGCGGUCAGCUGCGCGCUGCCUCCUCCUUCACUCUUCUGCCUGCCACCUUCGGCUCGCUGCAGGGCGUCUCCGUGCAGAACUGGUGCGCCAAGUGCAACCUCUCCUUCCGCAUGACCUCCGACUUGGUGCUGCACAUGAGGAGUCACCACAAGAAGGAGUUCGCCGCCGAGUCUCAGGCGCGCAGGAGGAGGGAAGAGAAGCUCACGUGCCCCAUCUGCCAUGAGUACUUCCGUGAGCGCCAUCACCUCUCACGACACAUGACUUCUCACAACUGAAGGCCUAACAGGACUGUCAUGUACGGGAAUGCAUUGUUACCUUUAAUGCACGUUGUAUUGCACCACAUUGGAAAAGAUGCAGAAUGGUGUUGGCCACAGGUGUCCAAUCCAGUACCUGCAGAUUGACCACUCUGGGGAGUAACAUUCAGAUGCUCCUGAAGACCUUCAUUACCUGGAUGAGGUGUGAUAGGCGAAGGCUGGACCUAAACUCUGCAGGGUGGUAGAUCUAAAGGACUAGGACUGGACAAUCCUGGUCUUGGCUGUAGGGGAGUAGGGGAAACUACAACUACAGCCAUCUGUGAUUGAUGUAGCUUACCUAAGUAAAGAACCAAGACAAAGCUCUUCUAGCUCACUUAAUUCGAGAACCACGGCCAAGUAGGCCCAUAGAGAUACAAUAAGCACUUUCUGGGGGGCUUUUCUGCAAGGUAAUCUAUAGCUAUAGUCUGCUGCAGAGGCAUGACUACAUGCUUGAGUCUUACAAGUCAUACUAGAUGUUGAUUAAUAUGACCAGGCUCUGCAAGGCUACUCGAGUAGUCUAGACAAGUGUUGCCCAACCAUGGUCCUUGAGACCCUCUGACCUGUUCAUCUUGGUGUUCUUCCUGCUCUAACUCCCACUUCAGGGGUUAAUAAUGAGCGGAUUUAUUGGAUCAGCUGUGUUGGGAGCAGAGAAAACACUAAAAUGUGCAGAGCAGGGAGGCUCCAGGGCUGGGGUUGGGACACAAUGGGCUAGACCAGAGGUCUGGUACUGGAGAUCUGCUGUCCUGCAGGGCUUGGUUCCAGCUACAAUCUACCACACUUUUGUUCAGUUAACGUUCUUCAGUAUCCUUGAUUGGCUGGAUAAGAUGCAUUGGUGUUAGAUGAAGGUUGGAACCAAACUCUGCAAGAAAGCAGAUCUCCAGGAAAAGGGUUGGUGACCACUGUUCUACAUAGUACCCUACAAUAAAACCUUCAUAGAGCCUACUUUGGCAUUCUUGAUAUGAAAAGAUGACUGUAUAAAGUUAUAAAAUGAAUGAAGUGGAGGUGUAUAGACAUGGCAUGUUAUGAGACAAAAAUAAGGCAUCUUUAUUCUCAUACCUUUUUUUUAAUCAAAGACUGUGGGGCUGUUGCUUCGUGAACGUGGUAGGCUGUUUUGACCUUUUGCUGGAGUGUUAUUUUCACAGAUGUAAGAGUUCCAUAUGAGCUGCGAGUUGUAGCCUAAUUGCAUCCUCAGAGUAGACUUCUGCAGUUUGGCACAGACAAUGAGCUUCCUCUCAAUGCAAAGUGUCUCCACAAGAUGGCCUCAGAGAUUCAUAGAGGAAUCUCCAGAAUCCACCAUGUGGCCAUACCCGAUGUCCAGUUAAAUCGUGCCUUAUGAAUCUCAGGAACAGUAAAUGUAAAUAUUAGAGAUGGGAGACAUUUGAUAUUGUGCCCUAAACAUUUCAUUAACUUCACUAACAGCCACACUAAACCAUUUAGUUAUAGCAUUUAUUAAAGGCAAAAAUCCUUCAGGAUUUGCUGUCUCAGUGAGCGUCCGUCUCUAACAAGAUUAGUUGUUUCACUACGUUGAGAAUACUGAAGUAAAUUUCUUUGAAAUGUUUAGGACUUGUUCUGCGAUCGUGUCAUAGUGACAGUGUCAAAGACAGAGAAUAUGUAUUUAUUUGCAAAAGGGGUUUUAUUAGUGAUAUGUAGCCAUUGUGUCUGCUAUGGCACAUUGUGUGAUUAAAAAGUCUUUCACUCUGA